AGCAGGUGCGCAAGCUCUGAUCAAGUCAUAUUGCCAGGGCGUCCCUGCCUCACGCCUUCUUAACACUCGCACUCUGCCAACUUCCCCUCCGCAUCCACGUCCACGUCCCCCGCCAUGGAUGAAGAGCGCGACCCUGAGUCCGACCUGGUCGGCAUCUCUAGCCGAUUCUUAAGAGUACAUCCGCCUAUGACGCCGAAUGCAGGCUUUUUGGGCUGCGUUGUCCGCUUCGGAGACGGUUCGUACUGGAAGUUGAUGAAGCCGUUGUCGCAGACGAGGUAUCAGCAGUCGGACCCGCCAUACGAAGCUGCACAGGUUUUCGCAUGCACGCGUCUCGACGGUCCGGCUGAUGAGCAGAUCGGUAGGGAGGCUGUUGUGAAAGUGAAGUAUCAAGUCAAUGGUACAACGCAGAGCAACGACUUCUAUCAGCGACAUCUUGAAGAAGAACAGGAAGCGGCGCGACUCCAAGAUCUAGACGAUGAUGAGGAACCACUGGAGAGAGCGCGGCGAUAUGUCUACCGUGCGACACAUCCGGUCAAGGUGCCAAACGAGGCCACUACCAACGAAAUCAACGCCCUCGGAAAAUUCAACGAAUGCAACUGCGCAAACGCACCGCACCUCCUGGGUGCAGUUCAGGAUGUCAUCAGACCUCGGGUCGAUGACGAGGCUAUGAUCCACGGCUACGUUGCCUUCAUCCUCAUGACCAAAGUGCCAGGGGAGCAUAUUGAUCAGAAGAAGUAUUGGGCUCUUUCGGUGGCAGAGAGAGACGAGAUCAGGGCCGCUUUCAGAGAAGCAUUGCUCGAAGUCUGGGACUGUCGCAUCGUCCCUCUUGAUACCUCACUACGCAACAUUACGUGGGAUAAGGAGGCACGCAAAUGUUACAUCGUGGAUUUCGAGGAACAUGCGUUCUUGCGCGACACCAAUGAAUGGUCAGAGGACUUGACAGAAGCCGAUUACAAGAUGUGGGGGCUGGCGGAAGAGUGUCGCCCGAGACAUUUAUUCGCCGAGCCUCAAUAGAUAAUGAGGCGUUGGAUCGAUGUUGUUUGAAUAUCGGAUGGGCUAUUCCGGAUUCAGAGCCCUAGUCGCUCGUCCAAGCUUGGAUGAUCGCGGGACCUAUGACAGCAUC